AUGAUUCAAAUUAAAGUUAAGCACAUGUUGAGCGAAAAACCAGGUGAGAUAGAUAAAGGAGAAUGGCAAAGUAACUUCACUUGUCUGGAGCGGCAGAUAAUACUUUCAACGAAUAUGCUUGAACCGGAAGACUGCGAAACAUUGCUGCAAUUUUCUACCUCUACUGUUGCGAAAAUGAGAAUUAACACGCAGAACAAAUACGAAGAACCACGAGAUCUUCUUAUUAAUACUCAGACCAUACUGCUUAAUCAAGCAGAUGCAGAAAUGAAGAAAAGCGGGUUGACUUGUGAAAAGGAUUUCAGAAAUAUUUCAUAUGGAUAUUAUGUGGAAGAUUUCAAAGAUGAUUUUGAAAAGGCUAGACAUUCGGUAAGGUGCAGUCUACUUGAGAACAGAACCAAAAUGAUUGACACGUAUAGACAAUCAGAGAGAGCUUUAAUUUCGAAGCUCAGAGAACAAGAAUCUAAAAAGUCAAAAAAAAAAUGGUUUCGACUGCGGGCCAAAGAAGACAUGCACUUUGAUAGCUUCAAAAACACCAGCUCUUUGGUAACAGCAAAUAAAAUUAACUUAGGGACAACUACAUCACUUAGCGAUCUAGCACUUCAAGUUCAAUGUACUGCACCUGUUCCGAAAGAUAGAGGUAGCAAUGGUAAUGAGAGAGAUGUUCAUUUUGUUGAUAAUUCAUACUACUUAAGCAAUGAUGGAUUAUAUAUCGAUUUUCCGCGCAAAAAGUUGUCAUACCUUAAGCUACUUUUGAGACACAAAUCUCUAGUCAAGAAUAUUGACCCAAAUUAUCUACCAAAAGAGUUAAGUGAAAUAUUUGAAAUUAAUCACAGAUCUCUUACGCAGUCAGAGAUGGAGAGGCUCAAAUUAAUAACGAAGCACAAUGUUUCAUUGACAUAUAAAAAGUGA